AUGCUUCACUUCUGGGAUGUGAUGUAUGCACAAGUCUAUGUUCUCAAUAGGUUUCAAGCAAAUCCUGGAGAAGCUCAUUGGGUGGCAGCCAAAAAGGAGGUGAAAUUUCCUGGAAAAGCGCAAAGCAAACCCUCUAUAGAAACUUCUACCAUGCAAGCAGAGUUUAUAGGCUGCUAUGAGGCGACUAGGAAGGGGCUUUUUCUUCCAGCUGUUGUAAAUGGCUGGGCUGCCGUAAAAAGCAGAUGGAUGAAGUUAUCUCCUGUGCCUGAGUUCAAAGAUCAAAUCCCAAAAAUGCUUCGAAAUGAUAGUGAAGCCUUAGGAAACACCUUGGUUACUUUCACCAACAAAAAUAACAACAGUUUAUAG